AUGUUCAAUCGCCUUCUCCAGCUCAUACUCGUCGGUGUUGCUCUAUCCAACCAGCCUGAUGGUUCAUAUGUCAAGACCGUGAGUGAUCCUUAUCUGAAUUUGAUGUAUACAUUCUCGGACAAUACUCAAAGAAUGGAGAUUACUUUCUUUUGUGGGUUUGGUGUCAGACCAACUAAGGCGACCUUUGCUGUCCAUAUCUUUGAGGUCAAAUGCCCAGCGUACAAACCUCUGAAGGGAGGUGACUUGUGGAUUAUUACCUACGAUAGUAAGUUCGACCACCCGCAUGUUUCGGUCAAGGGCGAGCUCUUGAAGCUGGUACACAAAGAACCCCCUUCCCAUUAG